AUGUCUAGUCGUGUCGUAGUUUACGGUGGUAGAGGAGGACUUGGUUCUGUACUGGUUGAUUAUUUCAAAAUCAAAAACUUUUGGACAUUAAGUAUAGAUGUUUUGAACAAUGAUCAAGCCGAUGCAAAUAUUUUAGUAAGUAAAGAAGCAUCUUGGAUUGAACAAGAAAGAUCGGUACUGAAAUCAGUUGCUGAAACACUAAAUGGUGAAUAUUUGGAUGCAGUAUUAUGUGUAGCAGGUGGCUGGGCAGGUGGAAAUGCCGACAGUAAAAAUAUGAUCAAAAAUUCGGAAACAGUGUGGAAACAAAGCGUUUGGACAUCAGCUAUAUCGUGUCGAAUUGCUGUUCUUCAUUUAAAGAAAGGUGGAUUUCUCCAGUUUACUGGUGCUGCUUCGGCUUUGCAAGCUACACCUGCAAUGUUGGGAUAUGGCAUGGCAAAAGCUGCAAUUCAUCAGUUGACUAAGAGCCUUGCAGCUGAAAGUUCUGGGAUGCCUCAUGGAUCCACUGUUGUUGCUCUUUUGCCAACAAUGUUGGAUACUCCACAGAAUCGUAAAUGGAUGCCAGAAGCUGAUACUGAUUCAUGGACUUCACUCCAUUACAUCGCAAAAUUAUUGCAUGAAUGGACUACAAAUCCGUCCUCUCGGCCACCAAAUGGUACUUUGGUCGAAAUUGUCACGCAAAACAACGAAAACAGAUUGAAAUUUCACUGA